AUGGAGGAACGCACGACCCUCUAUGACCGCGUCCGGGCUGCGUACGACCUUGGUGAGGACGACAGCGAUGCUGACGCUUCGAAAAUUACUGGCCCACCUGUCUCCUCCCCAUCCACGCCACCGCAGCUUUUGGACCAUCUGAGAGAGCUAAAAGUCAACUCCAUCCGCGUCCCAUUUGACCCCGACGACCAGUCGGAUGACGAGGUCGUCAUCACGUCUAUUUACAAGCGGGACAACAAAGGUGCCAAGGGCUAUGGCCCCGGUAACGGUAGCACCGACCUCGCCGGCCCGAAGAAAACUUUGUCACCUGAAGCCCCCGCAUUCCAGCCGGCGACUAUUCCACUUGUCGACCUCUACAGCAGCAAGGGUACGGGGAGUGUAGACGCCAGGAGCGGCGAUAAGUAUCCCGGCAACCGCGUUCCAUUCUGCCCGUGGCUCAUUGUGAGAAACUACCACUCCUGGUUUGUCGGUAAACAAAACGGUGCGCGCAUUGGGCCCUAUUUUGAAAAGGAAGCUAUUUUGAAAGUGCAGGCUUGGGAUUUUUGCUACGUGUGGCAUCCGGGCAAGGGCAAGGAGAGCAAAUAUAUCCUCCUGGUCCCGACCAGCCAGUUCCAGCACUUCCUUGACCGGAUCAACCAGACCCUCAAAAUCCAGCUAACGAUCCCUCCCGGUGCCAAUGGAGACAAGUUUGCCGUUGUCUUCGGCCAAAUGAAGACGCCAGUGCCUCGGUUUUUGGGCCGGGCACCGAACCUGCUCGCGUUUGAAGCCUUGGCCAAAGCAGUGCCACCUCUCGAUCCUGCUGACGCAAUAUUCGAAAUGGCUCACGUGAAGCCCCAAGCCAAAGAGAUGUUCGUCAGAAAGGUUGGGGCAUUGUCGUACCAAUAUGGCAAAGGCUCCGACAAGAAAAACAAGUCGGAAAAGGUGCAAAUGAAGCGGCUUCGUGAACGACGCGAAUGGGGUCGACAGAUAAAGCGAGUUCAACGGUAUAUGGGGAUUCGUGGGAAAAUCGACACUUUUUCGCUUCAAAGCAAUAGCGCUCGCUACGUCAUGCAGUCGCUUAACUACUUUUCUGUCCCUCCGUUUGCCCAGGAGAAUGAUGCCGUCUUCGUGGCAAUGGACAUUGAGUCCUUUGAGUUCGACCACAGUGCUAUAACUGAGAUUGGAUUUGCGAUUCUGGACACCCGGAAUUUUACCGGAGUGCCACCUGGCCCGGGGUGUGCAAACUGGCUGGCUCUCAUUCAAGGCCGCCAUCUCCGCAUCGCCGAGCAUAUGUCCAUGGUCAACCGAGUGCACGUCAAGGGUUGUGAAAACAACUUUAACUUUGGCCGAAGCGAGUUCAUUAGCAUCAAGGACAUCCUUCACGUUGUUACCCGCAUCUUGCAGCCACAGCUGCGGGACGGAUCCCGGAGAAAUGUCGUUUUAGUUGGCCACGAUAUCAAGAGCGACAUUUCUCUGAUCAAGAACAUUGGAUUCCAUAUGACGGAUGGCAUGUUCUUGGAAGUUGUUGACACACAGUACUUCCACCAACACCUACGCAUGAAAAACCAACAAACAGGCCUUAAAGGUGUCCUGGCAGACCUAGACAUUGACCACUACUUUCUCCACAAUGGUGGCAAUGAUGCAGUCUACACUCUCCAGGCGAUGGUCCGAAUUGUGGUCGAGAAACGUGAGGCGAGUCUCCGGCGCCACGCGGAACGUCUGCGCCCAGGUUUCAUUCCGGAUGCAAGCAUUCUCGAGGAAGGCUGGGACUCUGGCGGUGAGAUGACUGACGGCAGCCCUUAUUUGAACUGGCCGACCGGAGGCUACGCGUCGAGCAACAGUGGCACACCAUUUGCGUUCCCAUCCACUACCGACAAAGCUUUCCCUCAGAAAACACGAAAGUCAGGAUCGCCGGCAGGCAAGACGGCGGGAAAACCGGCAUGGAAGUCGCCGGGCAAGUUGCUAGGCAAGUCGGCAAGCAAGGCGGAAAGCAACACGGAAAGCAACGCGGCCGGAACCAGCGAUGCUACGAAUGAACAAGAGGAUCUCAUCACACUGUGA